CGUGGGAACUCUGUUACCCAGAAGGCUCCCCCGGAAGCUGGGACGGCUGGACUUAGUGUACUCGCCGGCAACCGAGCAUAUUUCCGUGGCCCAGGAGGCCUAGCGGGGCUGCUCGAGGAAAGUUCCUAAGGGGCGCUUCGGUCAACUGCCACCUGGGCCACGGCAACAGGAAAUUCCUCUCCACGCGUAGGCCCCCAACAUGCCUCACAUUGACAGCAGCGUCAAACUGGACUUCAAGGAUGUCCUGUUGCGCCCCAAACGCAGCACCCUUAAAUCGCGAAAUGAGGUGGAUCUCACAAGAUCCUUUUCAUUUCGCAACUCAAAGCAGAUGUACACUGGGAUCCCCAUCAUUGCUGCCAAUAUGGAUACAAUAGGCACCUUUGAGAUGGCCAGGGUUCUCUCUAAGUUCUCCCUCUUCACAGCUGUCCACAAACACUACAGCCUCAAGCAGUGGGAAGAAUUUGCUAGCCAGAAUCCUGAUUGCAUACAGAAUCUGGCGGUCAGCUCAGGCAUAGAGUCUUUUGACUUUUAUAAACUGAAACAGAUCUUGGAGGCUAUUCCUGAGGUGAAAUAUAUCUGUCUGGAUGUAGUAAAUGGCUACUCUGAACACUUUGUUGAGUUUGUCAAGGAUGUGCGGAAGUGCUUCCCCAGCCACACCAUCAUGGCAGGGAAUGUGGUAACGGGAGAGAUGGUGGAAGAACUGAUCCUCUCUGGGGCUGACAUCAUCAAAGUGGGGCUUGGACAAGGUAAUCUGGUUCUUGGGGGCCACUGGCUACCUUUCAUCAACAAACACCGGUGGAAUAUGUCACUCUUUCUUGUGUUCUUCUCAGGCUCUAUGUGUACCACCAGGACAAAAACUGGAGUGGGGUAUCCACAGCUCAGUGCAGUGAUGGAAUGUGCAGACGCUGCUCAUGGCCUUAACGGCCACAUCAUUUCAGAUGGAGGCUGCAGCUGUCCCGGGGAUGUGGCUAAGGCUUUCGGGGCAGGGGCUGACUUCGUGAUGCUGGGUGGUAUGCUGGCUGGGCACAGUGAGUCAGGGGGUGAGCUCAUCGAGAGGAAUGGCAAGAAGUACAAACUCUUCUAUGGGAUGACUUCUGAAGUGGCCAUGAAGAAGUACGGUCCGGCCGUGACUGACUACAGGGCCUCUGAAGGAAAGACAGUGGAGGUGCCCUUCAAAGGGGGCGUACAGUCUACCAUCCAGGACAUCCUUGGAGGCGUCCGCUCCACGUGUACCUAUGUGGGGGCAGCUAAGCUGAAGGAGCUGAGCCAGAGAACCACCUUCAUCCGUGUCACCCAGCAGGCAAAUCCCAUCUUCAGUGAGGAGAGCUAGACUGCUCUGCCCUCCCAAGGCACCAGCACCUACCGCAGGGCCCUCAAGUGAGCCUCUGGCUGUGCCGGCUCCUUAUUUCUUAGCAUCUUACUCCUGAGGGCUCCUGCAGUAAUUUUGUACUUUGUACAAACAAAAUGCCUAUGGCGUGCAGUGAGGAGGAAGCAAAGAAGAAAGGCUGAGAAGAGUAAGAUAAUCAAGUGGAAACCUGAUAACCUGAUCACCCAGCAUCCUAAAGAUAAGAGGGCAAGAUGCUGGUUCACAGUGUCUUAUGUGGCCUUGGUCCGAAGAGCUAAGCUUUAAGAAUCAUGUUUUGUUAAUCAGCUUCAUUAUGACUAAAAAGCUUAGAGGAAGCGUUUAUACAUUCAGAUAGUGCAAUAAAGAGCAAUCCAGUGAUGUAAA